AGUGUAUUUAAGACAGAUUAAGUGACUGUGGAAUGACUCGAGGGCAAUAGAAACCAAUCAGAAGUAGGUAUCAAUUAAUCUUGAGGGAUGACGGAGGUGCAUGUUAAGUACCAUGGAAAUCUCACUGGUCGGGCCCAUUUUCCCACUCUGGCAACAGAGGUUGAUACCACUGCAGACAAGUAUUCUAACCUAUAUAUGUAUGUGGGCUUAUUCCUGAGUCUUCUGGCUAUUCUCCUUAUCUUACUCUUCACAAUGCUCCUUCGGCUCAAACAUGUCAUCUCGCCCAUCACCACCGAGAGCACAGAAAGUGUUCCUCAAUUCACAGAUGUAGAGAUGCAGAGUCGAAUUCCCACUCCUUAAAGCCACAAUGUAGGCAAGCUUUAAUAGAUCUCAGUGAACACUUAACCUGUUGGUGCCCAAGAAACUUUGCUUUCUUAUAUGAAGCUUCCAAAGGAAUAACAAGCUGUUCAUGUUUUCUUUGUGUUAUUCUUCAUUUUCAUUAUGCUUGUGGGACAUGUAAGAGCUUUAAGACUUAUUUUUUGAAGGGAAUAUGGGAAAUGGCAGCUUGUUGGGAGGACAGGUUUCCAUAGUAACCACAGAGCUCCUAGGCCAUCAACAAAGCUCAGACCACAGAAAUUCAUAUUCAGCUGUUGUGGAAAAUACAAGAUCCCUGGAAGCCUCAAGAACAAACAAAGAGAAUUUGACAUUGAAAGUUAUGAGUGUUCCAAGAGGGGAUUCCAA